AUGAGUGGUGGAGUGGCGAGGAGCAGGAAACGUUCGAUUAAACGGUCUCGAUUCGGUUCGGACGACGAACGACUGACUCGAAGCGCUUCACUCUGGUGGACGCGUCAUUCGGAACAAGUCUCUAGACGCGGUCGUUGCCGCUGCCGCCGGCGCGUUACUCAUUUGCCGAGUGCCGAGUGGUUCAACUUCAUGAGGGACAGUCGUCGCGAGGCGGACAAGCUGGCGGCCGGUGUCGAUACGGCACUAAUUAUGUUCUUGCUUGCGGCGGACGGAAAAGUAGCGGUUCGGUGGAGCCGUCCUUCGAAAUACGGUAGUCGUCGCCCGCCGAGACAGUGCCGCGCGGUGAGGAGAAAAACUCAUUUGCCUCGGGCACCCGCACCCGCAGCCGAGUGA